UCUACAACUCAAACCACCUUCUAUAUGAUUCUUCUCUUCCUUACUCAUCCUCCUUGCUGAGUUUAUAUGCAGGCUGGGAAGAAAUUCAGCAUUAACAUGUAAAUUCUCUGAUUUUCCAAUAGUGUUUUCUUUUUGGUACUAGUUAUCUUUCUGCGCCAGCUCCCCAGCACUUCUUCGAGUUACUUCUCUUGUUAGAGCUAGCUACUUCCGAACUAGAGAAAUGGAGAGUGGAGAUAUUUAUCCAGUAAAGCCGGAAUACUACUCACCACCAGCUAAUGAUUAUGAAUAUCAUCAUAAAGCCCUGAACGACGUCGUCCUUCCUACUACCGGGACUUCAUUGACGGCAUCAUCAUCAAUAGUGCUGGAAGCCCGACCAGUUAAAAGGAUAACAUCAUCAGCGUCAUCGUGGAAAUUCAUCAAUUUAUUUCGCCAAGUGUAUGAAGAAAAUUAUCCACCAGGCUUUAUGAGAAAGGUAGUGGCAGAGAUGGUAGCUACAUUUCUGCUAGUUUUUGCAACUUGUGGAGCAGCAGCACUGAGUGAAAGUGAUGAACAAAGACUCUCCAAGUUAGGAGCUUCUAUUGUUGGUGUGCUUAUCGUAACAGUUAUGAUAUAUGCCGUCGGUCACGUUUCUGGAGCUCAUAUGAACCCUGUCGUCACUUGCGCUUUCGCCGCCACAAGGCAUUUCCCUUGGAAACAGGUGCCUGUUUAUGCUGCAGCUCAACUAACUGGAGCAUUGGUUGCAUCUUUUACCCUUCUAAAAUUACUGCACCCAAUCAAAAAUGUUGGAACUACUUCCCCAUCUGGAACUGACCUCCAGGCUUUAGUCAUGGAAAUUGUUGUCACAUUUUCCAUGAUGUUUGUCACUUCCGCGGUUGCGACUGAUACCAAAGCAGUUGGAGAAUUAGCAGGGAUAGCCGUUGGUUCUGCAGUGUGCAUCACUUCUAUCUUAGCUGGGCCGGUAUCAGGUGGAUCAAUGAACCCCGUGAGGACGAUUGGUCCAGCCAUAGCUAGCAAACAUUACAAAGGAUUAUGGGUGUAUUUUGUUGGACCCCUAACUGGGACGCUACUAGGUGCAUCCAUUUAUAAUAUAAUACGAGACUCAAAUAAGACAGUUCCUGCGAAAUCUGGAUCAUCGUCAUUCAGGAUUGGUCGAAGUGGUCGAAUAAGCAAUGUGGAGGAUGAAGAACAUCAUGAGAUUGCAAAUGAAGAUCCUCCGCGAACACUUUAGCGCGCGUACUCAUCCUAUUUCCGUAUACAUUUCCCCGCAGCCAUGUGCAGAAGUUACAGCUUAAUGUGGUUCCUACAUAAUUAUUUGUGUAGACGCGCACUUUAUCGGUUGUAUUUGUAAGAAUUUACCUUGUGUGGAGUGUUUGCUUAUUGUUUGUAUAAUAACUACGUUCUAGUUCAACUGCUUCAGUUUUACUUUAAUCAGUAUAAUAACUAGGUUCUUGUUUGUUGUAA